AUGGAGGAGAUGCAGGAGCUGCACGGGCUGAGCGAUGAGGCGGCGUAUGCGGCCUGUACGGACCCGGAGCCGGCCACCAAGGAUUUUAUUAUGCAUCAGACGAUGCUCCGCAUCAAAGACCCUGAGAAAUCGCUGCCGUUCUACACCAAAUGCCUCGGCAUGACUCUCCUCAAGAAGAUCGACCUCCCCUCUAUGAAGUUGUCCUUGUAUUUGAUGGGCUAUGAGGACAAGAAGGACAUCCCCGAGGACAUAAAUGAGUGGAAGGCUUGGAUGUGCUCCCGCAAGGCAACCUUGGAGCUCACACAUAAUUGGGGGACAGAGAAUGAUGAGAAGCCGUAUCACAACGGGAACUCGGAUCCGCGUGGAUUCGGUCAUAUCGGCAUCGCGGUCCCAGACGUCUACGCCGCAUGUAAGCGAUUUGAGGAGCUCGGAGUCACAUUUGUGAAGAAACCGGAUGACGGUAAAUAAGACUCUGAACUGCUUGUCCAAUAUCUGUCUUCUGUUACAC